AUGAUGCGACCACCGAUACCACGCAGCCUCCACAACCGGGUCGCAUCCAUCCCACGAGCAGCGCAUGGGUCACUCUCCACAUCAAUCUUGUCCAACGGCAUCUCCCACCAACCAACAAAUAACAACAACAACCUACGAACCACCAGAUCAGCAACCUCAAUCUCUCCAAUCACCUCAACUCCCCAGUCUACAAUCCAAAAGCGCCCCUUUCUCUCCUCCUUCCUCCCCAACUCCGACUCCGCCUCCAAAACCCGCCACCUAACCGCAACCCGAACUCUCCCACACCCUCCCGCCCCCCUCUUCGACAUUAUCUCCUCCGUCGAAUCCUACUCCUCCUUCCUCCCUUUCCUAACCGCCUCAACCGUUACCCACCGUGACCCAACCACCAACUACCCGACCCGCGCGUUCCUCACCGUCGGCUACGGGCCCCUCAGCGAGACCUUCACCUCCAAGGUGACUUGCGACCCGGAGAACUGGGUCGUGGAGGCACAAAGCGGCGCGAAAUAUGGCUACUUGAGUACGAGGUGGGAGUUGGAGAGUCAGGGUGAGGGUAAGGGGACGGUGGUGAGACUGGAUAUUCGAUUUGAGUUCCGCAGUCAGUUGCAUGCUGCUAUGAUGGGCGCUGUGGAGGGACAGAUGGCGGGUGUUAUGGUCGAGGCGUUUGAGAAGAGAAUUUACGAUGUGUUGGGGAGGGCUUGA